CGUUCUUGUGCGCAGCGAUCGUCGCUUCGCUCCUGGGUGUUGCGUUUGUUGGUUACCAUCCAUCACAAGCGCGAUUGCGUACAAAAAUCGCAUCCAUUUAUGAAGAUCCCAUUAGCGCUCUGGGCAAGCUUCAGCAAGCAGGUCAGCAGCAUCUGACGCGCAUCGCAUCCAAGCCUGGUUUGGACGUUACCAAGCUCCACGGCGCAGCCGCCGUCCUCGAAUCAUCAGAAACAACAACUUCAACAUCAACGCCAUCUUCUCAAGACGCUAAAGCUUGGGAGCAGGCUUCGUCACCACUUUCGCCGUCGCAAUCCCAUCCUGUGCCCCAGUACUCUGGACCUCCACAGCCCCAACCUCUACCAUCGCCACCUCUUUCAUCGCAACCUCAUUUACCGUCCUCGUACGACACGUCUGGGUACAACGCAGCAGCAGCGCCAGCAGCAGCAGAUAUCAUUGACCGGCAGUCGCCUCUACAUGGGGAGCUUGAGGCGUUACAUGAUAAACACACCGUCAACACCCCAAUGCGAGAUCCGCGCUUUGAGGCAACCGCCGGUUGGAUCUACCAGCCAGACGCCCUACCGCCCUUCAUCCCCUCGGGAUCGCCGUCGCCGCCCCACUCUAUACCGCCCAUGCAGCCGCCGCGAGCCGCCAUCGCCGCUUUCGAGGCAGCUGCUCAAGGCAUCGCCAAUAAGCUAACCACCGGCCACUCGACAGCUUCCCCUGCGGUGGCGGCUGACGGAAGCACUCCUAUCGUCUCCACAACCGCGCCGGUCGGCGCUUCUGCUACCAACCCCGCAGCUACCCUGCCACCAACCUUCGACGCCAUCAACGCCGCCAGUCCUGGUCUGCUGCCCGUCGCCGACGCCAACCGUACGACAACGGCCGAGUCAGUUAGCGGUGCCAACGGUAACGGCCCCAACAACGAUCACGAUGGGGACGCUGAUGCUCUUCCGCUUCUCAGCGGUACCUCCGACGGCGACGGUGUCGUCACAACUACCAUUGGCGUUCGCAUCACCUCUAACACCCCGCCUGCUUCACUGCACGUCGCUCGUGGCCACGCAUCCACUGUUGGCGGCGCGGGUGCUGAAGGCAACACGCUCCCAACCUCGACACCGGCGGUUGCUGCCACCAAGACCCCGGCGCUUGCGGCGGCGUCGUCAUCGUUAAUGGAGGGUGGUCUAUUUGACGACAUGUUCAUCCAGGCGGCAACAUUCUUGGAUGUGACACCUAAUGAUUUGGCACUCAUUACGGCUGUCACCUUGGGUGCGCUGGUCGGAGUGCUUCUCGGCUUCUCCACUGUAGUGCUGGCAAUGCUGGCCUGGACCUCACGACACGCCCUGAUCCAGCGCGCCUACCGCCUGCCGGCCUCCCUUGCGAGCGCCCGUCAACGCCUCUUUGUCAACCUCACUCGGCUCUGGGCUGCACUCAAGGGCAAGGCGCACGCCGCUGUGGAUGCUUUCAAGGCCCUUCGUGUCACCAAACGUACGGCCCCGAUCCCUGCUGCGGCUCCGAAUGGCCCCGCCACCACUGACACCGCCGUGGCCAGUGCAACUCUGGCCCCCUCGCGACCAGCGGAAGGCGGCGAGCAACGGGCGGACAUCCUUUCGUCCCCUGCUGCGCCUGUCAUCCAGGAGGAGGCUGCUGCCAUUCCGGCCGUCACCAACACCGUCUCCCCGGCGGCUGAACGCGAGCCCACAACGACCGUUUCGGCCAAUGAGACCGAGUUCUGGGAGGUCGAGUCUGAAGGCGAUGCCUUUGAGUUUGACGUGCAACCAGGCGCCCAAGACCAGCCGACGCCCCUCCGCCACCGCGCCGGCAUGUGGGUCGCCCGCCGACAUGGCUCCCCGGCUGUCGCAACUGCUACGGCGAAGGCAGCGUCCAUUGUGCCCAAGCGGCUGCCUCUUUUUUCCGAGGUUCCCGUCGAGUCGGCCGCUGCGACCUCCUCGUCCUCAGCCGCCGCCACUUCCUCGGCUGCUGCCACUUCCUCUGCCGCCGCUCCUGCUCCUGUCGAAGACGCGGACGUCGUCGACACGGCCGCCAUUGCCGCCAAGGACGUUCCAGCGGCAAGUGUGGAUGAUGAGGUGCCCGAGGUGCCUGAGGCUGCUGCCGAGAAGGCUGUUGCAAGUGAGGAUACGGUAGUCGACGAUGUGAUGGCCGCCGUGGAGGCGGAGGAGUCGGGUGCUGAGAUCGCUGCCCAGGCCGCCGUCGAGGUCGCAUACGUCGCUGCCGUUGAGGCAGCUGUCGAGGCCGCAACGGUUGAGUCCGCUGCUGCAGCAGCAACUGCCGAGGUGGCAGUGCAUGCGGCCGCUGCUGUCAACGCCGCCCCUGCCGAG